CAGGGCACAAAGAUGACAUCUUACACGGACAAGGGAGAAAAGCCCCUGCGAGGCCGCUUCGUCCAUUUCCACUCCAUCACCUUCUGGGUCGGCAACGCCAAGCAGGCUGCAUCCUAUUACUGCAACAAGCUGGGGUUUGAGGAGCUGGCAUACCGGGGGCUGGAGACUGGCAGCAGGGAGGUGGUGUCACAUGUCAUCAAGCAGGACAAGAUCGUGUUUGUUCUCUCAUCUGCUCUCAACCCAGGCAAUGAGGAGAUGGGUGAGCACCUGGUGAAGCACGGUGAUGGGGUGAAGGACAUUGCCUUCGAGGUGGAGGACUGCGACUUCAUUGUGCAGAAAGCCAAGGAGCGCGGUGCUGCGGUGCUGAAGGAGCCCUGGGUGGAGGAGGACAAAUUCGGGAAGGUGAAGUUCGCAGUGAUCCAGACGUAUGGUGACACCACCCACACCCUGAUAGAAAAGCUCAACUACAAAGGCCUCUUCCUGCCCGGGUACCACCCGCCCCUCUUCAGGGACCCCCUGCUGCCAAAGCUACCUAGUGGCAAGCUCAACUUCAUUGACCACGUUGUGGGGAACCAGCCCGACCUCCAGAUGGUCCCAGUGGCAGACUGGUACCAGAAGAACCUGCUCUUCCACCGCUUCUGGUCAGUGGAUGACAAGCAGCUGCACACGGAGUUCAGUGCCCUGCGCUCCAUCGUGGUCACCAACUACGAAGAGACCAUUAAGAUGCCCAUCAAUGAGCCAGCGUUUGGCAAGAAGAAAUCCCAGAUUCAGGAAUACAUUGACUACUAUGGAGGGGCUGGAGUGCAGCACAUCGCGCUGAACACCUCUGACAUCAUCUCAGCAAUCACCAACCUGAAGCAACGAGGGUUGCAGUUCAUGGAUGUCCCGUCCAGCUACUACCAGAUGCUGCGGGAGAGGCUGAAAACUGCCAAAAUCAAAGUGAAGGAGAACAUUGACAAGCUGGCGGAACUGAAAAUCCUGGUGGAUUUUGAUGAGAAAGGCUACUUGCUCCAGAUCUUCACCAAACCAGUUCAAGACAGACCCACGGUCUUCCUGGAGGUCAUCCAGCGGCACAACCACCAGGGCUUCGGUGCCGGGAACUUCAAGUCUCUGUUUGAAGCCAUCGAAAUGGAUCAAGAUGCAAGAGGAAACCUGACUGUGCUGGAGCCCAACGGGGAGACCAGGCGCAUCUAAGAGGGGGCAGAAAACAGCCUCACCCCUCCUGGGCUGAGUCACAAAUGAACUGGGGAACAGCCCCUGUUUUGGUAAAUACCCAGACCCAAGUGCCAUGAACCCAGGGAAGCUGCUGCCAAGUUGGAAGUGCAGAAGGACUCAACACCUACCCCAGCCCAGCUGAAGACCUGCAGCUAUGGAGGAAGAGAGAAGAAACAACUGGGAGUGUUUAAAUUUAGUGUAGCCAAGGUUUUCUGUUAGGUUUAGGACUGCGGGAAGCCGG